UUCAGAAGGAAGAUUGAGAGAGAGAGGGAGAGAGAGAAGAGAGAAGAAGAGGCCCUUGCAUUUCUCAUGAACUGUGGAGUCGUGUUGGGUUUCUAUUGUUGGGGUUGGGAGUUCUUAACUGCCCUUCUUCUCUUCUCCUCUUAUCAUCCAUAAUCUUCUUCUUCUUCCUCUUCCUCUUCCUCUUCUGGUAAGAAACUUCUCUCUAUCUCUUUUUCUCUCAAGAAAAUAUGGAGGGUGUGUGUGAAAAGGGUUUGUUGGAAUAUGUGAGGAAGUCAAGCCCGCCACCUUUCUUGCUGAAGACGUACAUGAUGGUGGAGGAUCCAGCCACCGACGACGUGAUAUCGUGGAAUGCAGAGGGGACUGCGUUCGUGGUGUGGCAGCCGGCGGAGUUCGCCCGGGAUCUCCUCCCAACACUUUUCAAGCAUAGCAACUUCUCUAGCUUUAUCCGGCAGCUCAAUACCUAUGGUUUUCGAAAAGUUGCAACAAACCGGUGGGAGUUCUGCAAUGAAAUGUUCAGAAAGGGUGAAAAAGAGUCGCUAUGUAAAAUUCGUCGUAGAAAAGCAUGGGCUAACAAGCAACAAGCGGCGGCGGCAGCGGUGGUACCACAAGAGUUUGAUGAAGAUCAAAGGUCAUCGUCAAUGUCAUCGUCGUCAGGUUAUGGUAGCCUUAUUGAUGAAAACAAACGUCUCAAGAAAGAGAACGGGGUCUUGAAUUCCGAGCUCACGAGCAUGAAAAGGAAGUGUAAGGAGCUUCUUGAUUUGGUGGCUAAGAACGCACUUUCGGAUAAAGAAGAGGAAGAUGAAAGGCCAAAGUUGUUUGGAGUGAGAUUGGAAGUUCAAGGAGAGAGGGAGAUGAAGAGAAGGAGGGCAGAGAUUCGUGAAAGUGCAAGCAUUUUACUAUCUCAACCCUACAAACAAGUUUCAUGCAGUCUAAUCUAAGUAGUUAGCUACUUCAAAAGUUUAGUGGCUUACUAUGCAUGUACUACACCGCCGAUGAACGAAUAAGUGUGUUAAAAUAUUAAUUAAAUUAUGAAAUCAACUAUCUCUAUCAGCUUAAGCUUUUAGAAUAAGAAAAAAAAAAUGUAAUUUAACAAUGUGAAAAUAGUUUAAGGAAUAUAUGUAAAUUGUUAUAUGUACUCCUAGAAAUUAAGGUGAUAAAACAGGUACAAGCCUGUUAAACUUGUACAAGUAUGCAUCAAUGCGAUGUGUCUCUCCUUUGAUGAUAAAUUAGAUAAUUUACUUUUC